AUGCGCGAGUUGAGGCCGUGUGGGCGCACCGUGCACCACUGCCUGCUGCCUCUUCGUUUUUUCCGCCCCUCCCUUCCCUCCUCUCCUCCUCCCCUGCUUCCCAUCCUCUCCCUCCCCUCGUUCCCCCUCUCUUCCCCCCACCAAGCAGGAGGUGCUGCUGCGCCUGGCUGGGACCCCCGCGAGGGCCUUCCCCUUAGAAGCCAGGGCGGAGAGGUGCCGAGCUAUGCACGAUUUGAGGCCGAGGUGCUGCUGCGCCUGGCUAAUACCCCUGCCAGGGCCCUCCCUCUGGAGGCGAGAGCGGAGAGGUGCCGGGCCAUGCGCGAACUGAGGCCGUGUGGGCGCACCGUUCACCACUGCCUGCUGCCCUGCCGCCAUGCCUGCCUUUGCGGGGAGUGCGCCCAGCGCUGCUCCUCCUGCCCCGUCUGCCGCUGCCCCAUCGGCGUCCCUGUUGCUGCAGCAGGGGGAGGAGUAGGGGGAGGAGUAGCAGGGGGAGGGGGAGUAGCAGGUGGAGGAGUAGCAACAGAGGAAGGGGGUUCUGCUCGGCAGUCUGGCGAGCGGAUUCACAUCCGUCUGUACGACGCGUGUGUGGAUGCAGGCCUUGUGAGCCCACUCAAAGACGUGGGGUAUCCCAUGGACGUGCGGCGGCUGUUCGCCCUGUUUGACAUUGCUCUGGACCGCGGGCUCGUUACCCUCAUCUGCCACUGUGAGUGGGACUGCAGGGGGCCGGUGGGGGACGCGCAGGGGUGUCCCAUGGACGUGCGGCGGCUGUUCGCCCUGUUUGACAUUGCUCUGGACCACGGGCUCGUCACUCUCAUCUGCCACUACGUGGAGGAGGUAUGCAUGGACGAGUCAGCAGUCUCCAGUGACCCGGUGCUGGCUCUGCUGUUGGACCCCAGGCUCGUGCUUGAGUGGGCACAGAGGACCUUUACCGGGAUAAAAAGGACGCUUAGAGACUUAUACGCCUCUGGCAUCACUGACCGUCGCAUGGAUGACGCCACCUGCCUGGCCAUGCGCCUUCAGGGGAUUUCUCAGGUGCUGGCAACACUGCAGGGCCCAGACGACCCCCUGGCGCAGCAGCAGGCGCAGAUGCAGCAGGGGGAGGCGGAGGGGGGGAGAGGGGGAAGCGGGGGAACGGAGGGGCGCAAGGGGCACGAGUGGGAGGCUGGGCGGCUGGCGGAGGCAGUUGCACGAGUAUUGCAGAACUCUUCUCCCAUUUCCCACCCUCUCUGUCCCCUCUUCAUGUCUCUCCGUGCAGCAUCUGGACGUCAUGCAAUGGGCUGCCAAGAACUGCUUCUUCGAUUGCCUUCCACUCCUCAUUCUCCUCUCUCUCACUCCCCCCUUCUCCUCAUUCUCCUCUCUCUCACUCCCCCCUUCUCCUCAUUCUCCUCUCUCUCACUCCCCCUUCUCCUCAUUCUCCUCUCUCUCACUCCCCCCUUCUCCUCAUUCUCCUCUCUCUCACUCCCCCCUUCUCCUCAUUCUCCUCCCUCUCACUCCCCCCUUCUCCUCAUUCUUUUUCCCCUUUUCUCUGUCCUUGCCUUCCCCCCACAGCAUCUGGACGUCAUGCAGUGGGCUGCCAAGAACCGUUUCUUCGAGGGCCUUCCUCCCCGCCACUCCUCGCACGCCACGUGGCGCGCUGUGAUUCGCCAGAGGAAGCAGGCGACCAAUGAGACCGCCUGGCCGGAGUUCCUUGGCGUAUCUGCUGCUGCUGGCACUGCUGGCUCCGUGCUUGGAGCAGGGGGAGGGGGAGGAGGCAAGGGAGGGGGAGCGGGAGGGGCAAAGGAACAGCAGCAGCAGCAGAAUGGGAAGCUUUUUAUCGAGGAAGCAAUAGACAGCCUAAGGGAAAGCAGCAGAGAAGGCAGUAAGGAGAGCGCAAGUGAUGCAUCUGAUUCCCCCUCGCUGUUGCGUUCAGACCAGCUUGAUUUGCUGUCUCUCAAGCAGCCGGUACCCACCACACCCCCAGCUGCUUCCGGGAAGUUUCUCCUUCAAGGCGGGAGUCCUGGGUUAGUGGGUGGAGCAGGAGGAGCAGCAGCGGCGGCGGGGUUUCAAUACCCACCGGAGAAUUUCCGGGCAGCGGUCGAUUUUUUGUUUCUGGAGGCGGGGGCUGAUCUAGCUUUGGCCAAGAAAGCAAUCCAGAUGGGUUACAGGUACGUGCUUGAUGAUGGUGCUGCUGCAUGUGUGCACAGCAAAGGGGGUGGGGCGAGCAUGGAUUUGGGUGAUGGGCCUGUGGUGGAGACGAUGGUGAUGACAGGGCUGGUGGAGGACUUUGGGGCGAGCAUGGACGUGGGUGAUGGGCCCGUGGUGGAGACGAUGGUGAUGGUGAUGCUGGAUGAAUGCACUCAGGAGGGAUUAGAGGUGAGGGGUGAUAGACUAGAGUAG